CGGGGGCUGCAUUGUGAGGUGGCCAAGCUACUGCAGGGGCCGGGCGGGGUCCUGGCCUCCCCAUCAUGGGCAGCGCCUACCACUGGGAGGCCCGGCGCCGCCAGAUGGCUCUGGACGGGAGGCAGAGGCUGCUGGCCCAGCAGCAGCAGCAGCAGCAGAAACUGCAGGAAGACCAAAAGGAGGGGUAUCACCCCGAGAAGAGACCCCCAACACCGCCAGAGCCCAAGGAGCAACUGCAGCCACCAUCGGCCCAGCGCCCAGCAGCCCAGCUCCCACCAGUCCAGCCACCACCGGGCCAGCCACAACCAGCCCAGCAGCCAGCGCCACCAGGGGGACAGGACACCCUCCCUCAGUGCUCUUACAGGCCAGGCCUUGAUGCAGCGGGGCAGACCCCCUGUGAGGACUGUAGAUCCCAAGCCUGGCCACCCAUCCUCCCCAGACCUGGCCUCCAGAACCCAUGCCAGCCUGGCCCUGCCAAAACCACCCGGUACCCACGGCUCACGUCAACUGAUUACCUCCAGCAGUGGUGACCACAGGGCACACCACAGGCCAUGAACAGGCCAAGAACAGACAAUGAGCAGCUGCACCUGUGACAGCCUGAAGGGGGUGCCGAGGAGCCCUCACCCCGGGAAGCCUUGGCUGCAGUAAAGUGGGGCUCCUGG